UGGAAAGGAAAUCCUACAAAUUAAAUAGCUAAAAAUGGAGAAACCCUAAUUUAGGUCGUAAGCUAGCUGAAUUCAAGAGAAUAGGAACAGAGAGAAAGCAGGCGGACGUAUAAUGGCGGAACACUUGGCGUCGAUAUUCGGAACGGAGAAGGACAGGGUGAACUGCCCCUUCUACUUCAAGAUAGGUGCUUGCCGGCACGGCGAUCGCUGCUCUCGCCUUCACACCAAGCCUAGCAUCAGCCCCACCCUUCUCCUCUCCAACAUGUACCAACGCCCCGACAUGAUCACACCUGGCGUUGACCCCCAAGGCCAACCUCUCGAUCCCCGCAAGAUCCAACACCACUUCGAGGACUUCUACGAGGAUUUGUUUGAGGAGCUUAGCAAGCAUGGAGAGAUUGAGAAUCUUAACAUCUGUGAUAAUUUAGCUGACCACAUGGUGGGUAAUGUAUAUGUUCAGUUUAGGGAAGAAGAGCAUGCUGCAACUGCUCUUCAAAGUCUCUCAGGAAGAUUUUAUGCAGGACGUCCCAUUAUUGUUGACUUCUCUCCAGUGACUGAUUUUCGUGAAGCCACUUGUAGACAGUAUGAGGAAAAUGUAUGCAAUCGAGGUGGCUACUGCAACUUCAUGCAUCUGAAAAAGAUAAGCCGAGAGCUGAGGCGGCAGUUAUUUGGGAAUAGCAGGCAAAGGCACAGCCAUAGUAGAAGCCGUAGCCCUCGUGGUCAUCGUGGUCAUGAGGAACAUUCACAUAGCGGUCAUAGGAGAGGUGAUCAUCGUCCCCAUGAGAGGGGGUGGAGACCUAGAAGCAGAAGUCCCAGAAGAAGAGGUGGACAAAGUAGAAGUCCUGUAGGUAGGAGAAAUAGGAGUCCAGUUAGGGAAGGCAGUGCUGAGAGAAGGGCAAAGAUUGAACAAUGGAAUAGGGAAAAGGAACAGAAAGAUUAUGGAAAGAAUGAUAAUACUGCCGUGACUAGGGAAGGUAGUGAAGAGAGAAGGGCAAAGAUUGAGCAGUGGAAUAGGGAAAGAGAACAUAAGGAUUCUUCUAAAAACAAUGAUUUUGAGACAUUUGAAACUGGUGGCAGCAAUGGUGCUGAGCAGUACCAAGAACAGAGUUAUGAUGAUUAUCCCCAACAGAAAUAGUUUGAGAAUGGAAGUUAUGACUACUGGUGGAGUACAGGUCCACUGACUUGUGAUAUUGAAUUAAGCAAAACCCCUUUAUACUUUUCCUUCUAUUACAUGCUAAAGAGCAUUAACUUGAUUUAAUAGGGGGUCAAAGAAACUUAUGGAAGCUUAAUUCAUUAAUCUCCUCCAAUUAACUUGAGUCCAUAAAUGCUUGAUUGUGGUGUAUGUCUGUACCCACUACAAUUGAUUUGGAUGAAAUCAGAUUUCUAGGUUUAUAUUUCAAGGGAGUGACAGGGCACACACAUUUUCCUCUCUUUUGGAGUCAAAAUCCUACCCCUAACCAAAGGGUUAUUUCAUUUUGCCGCUUUUGGGGGGAUACAGUUAUAAUAAUAAUAAUAAUAAUUAUUGUUAUUAUUAUUAAAUCAAAUUACUCUUAUUAGAAGGCUUUAAUCUAAUGGAUUUGCCAAGUUGUGCAGGUUCAAGGUUCCUGCUUUCCAGUGAUCGUGCCUCAUCUUUAGCAGCUCACUAUUGUAUUUCUAUACAGGUUGGAUGUCUUCCCUGCAGAAAAAAGGUUGAGGAUUCAACAUGUGUGAUGUCGGUUGAGAAGUGAAGGGGGGCCUGUCAAUGUUUUGUUUCUUAAAGCACUGCCAUUUGAUUCUGGGAGACACAUCACUGGUUAUGCUUAUAGGUGCUUGUUUGGUCCAAGUGUAUAAGAAGCAAGAAGCUUUUCUCUAGAAACAACUUACUAGUAACUUUUCUAAGAAGUUUUCAUUAUGUGUUGGCUGAAUAGAUAAACAGUUAUUUAAGAUUGUUGAGUACAAGUAAAAACUAUGUUCUCUUUCAUGGUUGAAGUUAGUAUAAAGGACAUUUAUUAAAUUAUCA